AUGAAGCUUCUCUCCGCUCUUCUCGUCGCCUCCACCCUCGUCAGUGUCUCCAACGCCGCUUGUACCGACGGUAUCCCCUUCACACUUGGAGCAUCCUCCUCUAGAAACCAUUCAUUUUUCAGUGUGCACGUGUACAAAGCCGGCUCUUUUCAACGAAGCGGACUUCACCGCAAACGUCGCACCCAAACUGCUUGAAAUCGGCCAAAGUGGAACUUUCGUGAAAGCGGAUAGCGAAUCAAUUUCCGGCUGUGUUAUCAGUCUCAGCUGUGACUAUGGAGAUUUGGACGACGAUUUCAGUGCUGGUCAGACUGUUUUUACAGCUAGUGGACAAGUGAUUCAUUCGGCAAAUUCAUUAUCUCAUUUCGUGUCUUUUUCAGAUAUCCGAAGGUGCGACUAACUUCGACGAUGUUGCGUGCGUCAACUCAAAAUGGAUUUACAAGUGGGAGGAGGUGGUUUCCGUCGGAUGUUACAAGAGCUUUGCAAAUGAAGAUUACUAA